UGUGGAGUCUGCCUGCCCAGCACCUGCCCACAUGAGAUCAGCCUCCUUCAGCCCACCUGCUGUGACACCUGCCCCCCACCCUGCUGUGAGCCUGAGGUCUACGUGCCAACUUGCUGGCUACUCAACUCUUCCCAACCAACUCCAGGCAUAUCUGGCAUCAACCUGACAACCCACAUUCAGCCUGGCUGUCAAAGUCCCUGUGAGCCCUGCUGUUAA